AUGCAGACCUGCAGCUCCCCCGAGCACUCAGAGCCUAUCAGUCACUGCCUUGAAAGCCCCAAGUGGCAAACACAGCGGCCAUCUCCCCCUCCGUUGAGAACAAAGGCCCCCAGCGGCAGAAACUUGCCAGGCCAGACGCAGGUGCAGAACAAGCUGGAGCAUGGACAGAUGGAGUCGAGUCAGCCUUGCGGCCCCAGCGCAAGCUCACCCAUGCUUGUUGCAGCAGAUUUCAUGUUGAGGCGCUUUUGGCGUCGCGAUUUGCUCGUGGCGGCCCGCCCGCAACCACGCGUGAAUGACUGGAACCUAUGGAAGCCAUCGUCGUCGUUCCCACACCUCACCUCAUUCAUCGAAGCCGUUUCCCGCCUUGUUGUGCUUUGUUGCUCACCUACAACUACGCAGAUACUCGACGGUCCUGCAACCCGGCCUCUUGUUGCCCCAACUGCCGUGCCUCCAACCGUCGCCGCCACUCACCACCAUCAAUCGGCACGUGUACCACGCCACACAUACCCCCGUCCAGUUCCUCUCCGCUCGUAA